CUGAACAUCCCGGCAUAUUGCAUCGUUACUUAAGCGAGUCAGUGAACUGUCCUCAGCGAAUAUUGUCCGUGGUUACUUAACGUAUUGCAGUAGAAAGUCGGCGUUUGUCGCGGCCAAAGCACAGUCUUUUGUAUACCGCUGUUAUUUUCAAAGGUUCGAUAAAAGUUUUAAUUAACGUAUCGUGUGCAUGAACACGAGAGCGCCAAAAUAAUAAUCAUCAAAUCUGUCGGUUCUAUGGAUCUUGAAGAAGUGAUCGUUUGCUUUUCUUUCACGGCAAUUGAUGUGUUGAACCAAGAUUUACAUAAUUGUCAAACAAAGUAGAUAAACAGUGAUUAAAACCAUGAAAACGAACAAUUGAUUCCCUACGCCCUUGCAGACGAAUGAAACGAUAGCCCUAAUAUUUUUCUUCUUCGGUGAAUAAAAUCAUCGCGAUCUUAUUCGAUACAGAAAUGGAUGGUCUUAUUGAAAUUUUUCUUUUCUUUGGGGUUCUUUUCUACUUCUUUAAUUUCAGAGCUUCCAAUAUGGUCGAUAUACUUUCAACACGUUUACAAGAAGUAUAUGCAAAAUGGGAGACCAGAACGGCGGUAAUGCGAAAUCCAGAAUCAAAUACAACCCGACUUUUAAUAGAAGAUCUUCGACGAACUGGACAAUUAUUGUAUAAGAAAAAGGCACAAGACAAGGAAUUAGCCAGAAAAAUCCGGAAAGACUCUUUAUUUAAAAUCAAAGAGUCGGAACCAUUAGUACCCUUCAUCAAAGAAAAAUCCUCCUUUUUACAUUAUUGUUGCAAUAGUUGCACUCCAUCAUCUAGAAAUUCUUUAGUAAAUACUAUUAGUAAACAAUAUAUGCCUUUUGGAUUAAAUAUAUUGGUAGUUAAUCGAGGUUCAUCAUUGUUCUCCAAAGUGUUUUAUUGUAUUUCACAUGUUUACAAUUGUAAAAAGUAUGAUUAUCCAAGGGUAUCACAAACAGUUUUAGAAGAUGAAAGAUUAAAAGAUGCAAUUAAAUUGACUGCUUGGGAAACAGUUACCAAUGAAGGUUGUAGUGAAACAGUUGCCCUGUUAAAAGCAGGAGCUAGAGCCAAAACUAUAUUAUUUCAAAUGGAAAGCAAAUUGAGUAAUCUUUUACUUAAAAUAACAGCCUGGCUUCUUUAUAAAUUAUUGCCAUAUUUUAUACAAUCUACUAUAGUAUUGCCAUCACAAAUGGAAAUGUUAAAAAAAGCAAACGAGACUGGUCUUCCUUUGAUAUUACUUCCUUUACAUCGUAGUCACUUGGAUUAUAUUAUGAUUAGCUUCGUUCUUUUAAUAAAUAAUAUUAAGAAUCCAAUCAUAGCAGCUGGUGAUAAUCUAAAAAUUCCAUUUUUUGGGUGGUUUCUACGAGGCUUAGGCGCAUUUUUUAUAAAACGUCGGAUCGAUCCUGUUAUAGGCCGCAAAGAUAUUCUUUACCGUGCCACUCUUCAUACCUACAUAAUGGAAAGUUUAAGGGCGGGUUAUAAUAUAGAAUUCUUUAUAGAAGGUGGACGCUCAAGAACUGGUAAACCAUGUAUGCCAAAAGGUGGCAUUUUGAGUGUCAUUCUUGAUGCAUACAUGGAUGGAAUUAUUGAAGAUGCAUUAUUAAUACCUGUAGCAAUGAACUAUGAACGUCUUGUUGACGGCAAUUUUAUCAAGGAACAGCUAGGUCAGCCAAAAGAAAUGGAAUCAUUUAAAUCUACGGUUAAAGCCAUAUGGUCAACCUUAAUAGGAAAUUAUGGUAUUGUCAAAAUUGAUUUUUGCCAACCAUUUUCACUUAGGGAAAUGUUAAAAUCUUUUGAAAAGCAACAAAAUAAAUUAACCGGAGGCAAAAUAUUUCCUGUUGAAAAGCCUUUAAAAUCUACAAUGUCUAGCUCGUCAUUGUAUGGUACAGAUGUAAUUGUAGAAGAAUACCGUCAAUUAGUUGAUAGUAUUGCGCGACACGUCGUGUAUGACUGUACUAGCUCAAUGCCAAUAAUGUCGACCAAUGUUGUUGCAUUCUUACUUUUGAAUAAAUUCCGAGAUGGUUGUACUUUGGAUAAAUUGGUUGAAACGUUUGAUUUAAUAAGACAAGAGUUAGAAAGCCGUAAUAAAGAUCUUGCAUUUUGCGGAGAAACUGUUGAUAUUAUAAAUCAUGCUUUGGAUAUCUUAGGUCCAGGUUUAAUAAAACAACAACGUCAAGAAAUUACAGAAACAGUUAAUGGUCGGCAAAUUAAAUCAAAUUUUGUUAUUGCAAUACGUCCUGUAUCGAUUCUACCAAAUGUAAUUGAAUUAUCCUAUUACAGCAAUACAAUGCUAACAUGCUUUAUUAUGGAUAGUAUAGUAGUAACAGCCUUAUAUGCCGAAUUGCAAUCACAGAUCAAUGACCCUAUAGCUAUUGCUCAAAAUAAUAUUAUGGUCUCUCAAGAUCAUUUGAUUGAAAAGUCACUUAAACUUUGUGAUAUCCUUAAGUAUGAAUUUAUUUUCUGCAAACCGUGUCAAGAAUUAGAACGUGUUGUUGUAGAAACUAUAAUAAAUCUUUCAUACACAGACCUCAUUACUUUACAAGAGGAACAUUAUUUACAAGAAGAGUUAUGGAGUAGAAGAUAUGCAGAAAAUUUUGAUAAUAGUUCAGAUGAAGAAUAUUGUAACAAAAAUAAGAUUAAAAAUAUUCAGUACAAAUUGAGCUUAAUACCAGAACAUGCAGAACGUAUGGAAUUUCUUCACGUAUUAUUGCGACCAUUAAUUGACACAUAUACUUUUAGUGCCUUUACUCUUAGAAAAUUAGUAGGACAAUCACUUUCUGAAAGAGAUUUAAUUCAUGAAAUAUUUUGUGAUUUGAAAAUGAAUUUAGAUUGUGGUAUAGUAAAUUAUGGUGAAAGUUUAUGUGUUGAUCCAAUAAAAAACUCUUUAAAAUUAUUUGAAAAAUGGAAUGUCUUGGAGUGUUAUCUACAAGAGAAUAUUAAAAUUUUCUAUUUGAAAGAUGAAUAUGACACAGAUUCGGCUGUAACAAAAGUGUAUGAUACAAUAGCAGCUUUCAAAUGGACCAGAAAUGUAAACUAA